AUGUUUCUAUAUGCAUUAUUGCUCCUCUGUGUCUUCAAAGUAAAGGCGGAAAAGGCUAAUUGUCAAAUGAUUGGGAACCCAGAGUACCCCCAGCUCUCCAAAGAUGGUGAUGUCAUCAUUGGGGGAGCUUUUUCAAUUCACAGCAAAAUUACAUUACAGACACUGUCAUUUACUGAGAAGCCACAACGUCUAAUCUGUACAAGUCUGAACUUCAGAGAAUUUCGGUUUGUUCAGACUAUGAUUUUUGCUAUUGAUGAAAUAAACAAGAGUGGCUUGCUUCCUAAUAUUUCUAUUGGAUAUAAGAUAUUUGAUAGCUGUGGCUCAACGUUAGCCUCAAUGAGAUCGGCAGUAGGUUUAAUAAACGGUCAGGAGCUUACAGCUCAAGAAACAUGCUCUGGGCAUUCAGCAGUGCAGGCCAUCAUUGGUGAAUCAGAGUCUUCUUCAACCAUAGUGAUGUCAAGAGCAACAGGACCAUUCAAGAUUCCAGUGAUCAGUCAUUUUGCUACCUGUGCUUGCCUGAGCAACAGAAAAGAAUAUCCCUCCUUCUUCAGAACAAUUCCCAGUGAUUACUACCAGAGCAGAGCUCUGGCUCAGCUAGUGAAGUAUUUUGGAUGGACCUGGGUAGGAGCAGUAAGAAGUGACAAUGACUAUGGCAACAAUGGCAUGGCCACAUUUGUGGAGGCAGCUGGAAAAUUGGGAGUAUGCAUUGAGUAUAAUGAAGCAAUUCUGAGGACAAAUUCAAAGGAGAGCAUUGCUAAAGUUGUAGAAAUAAUUAAAAAAGGCACAUCUAAGGUCUUGGUAGCAUUUCUGGCUCAAAAUGAAAUGGAUGUUUUGUUAGAGGAGGCCUUUGUUCAAAAUGUGACGGGGCUUCAAUGGGUAGGCAGUGAAUCCUGGAUAACUGCCAGAUACUUAGCAACUGAAAGGACAUCAAAAGUUAUCAGCAGUGCAUUAGGAUUUACCAUUAAUAAAUCUAAAAUUACAGGGCUAAAGGACUUCCUUCUAAAAGUCCACCCAUCCCAGAUUCCCUCAAAUUCCCUUUUGAUAGAAUUCUGGGAAAUGACAUUUGGAUGUCAGUUUUCACCAAAAACGGAGGAUGUGAAACUUUGCACUGGAUUUGAAGAUCUCAAAGAGAUAAAUAAUACAUUCACUGAUGUUUCAGAGCUAAGGAUUUCCAACAAUGUGUAUAAGGCUGUUUAUGCAAUAGCUCAUGCCCUACAUAACACGUUGGUUUGCAAUGCAGAUGGUCACUUUGAAAAUUUAAACUGCACCAAAAAGGAUAUUUUCCUACCGGGUCAGGUACUAGAAUCCUUACAGAGUGUGAACUUUACAAUGCCAUCAGGAGAACGUGUUUAUUUCAAUGCUAAUGGAGACCCUACUGCAAAAUAUGAGCUGGUGAACUGGCAGAAAAAUUCAGCUGGAGACAUAACCUUUGUUUCAGUGGGUUACUACGAUUCCUCUCUCCCAACUGACAAGCAGUUUGUCAUGAAUCCUGUUAGUAUAGCUUGGGCUGGAAAUAGUAAUAUGAGGCCGAGAUCUGUGUGCAGUGAGAGCUGUCAGCCAGGAUUCAGACAGGCACAAAUCAAAGGGAGACCACCAUGCUGCUUUGCCUGUAUACAGUGCCCUGUGGGUGAAAUCAGCAACGAAACUGACUCUGUUGAAUGCAUCAGAUGCCCUCUGGAGUACUGGUCAAAUGAAAAUCAUAGUCUGUGUGUUCCAAAGGAAGUGGAAUUCCUCUCAUUUAAUGAAAACAUGGGGAUUCUCCUGACAGCUGUUUCAUUAACAGGAGUUUCUAUUACUAUAGCUGUAGGAUUGGUGUUUUUCUAUUUUAGAGACACACCACUUGUAAAGGCAAGCAACAUUGAGCUGAGCCUCCUGCUGAUCAUCUCUCUGUCUCUUUGUUUUCUUUGCUCACUUACUUUCAUUGGACAGCCUUCUGAGUGGUCCUGUAUGCUACGCCACACAACAUUCGGCAUUACUUUUGCACUUUGUAUGUCCUGUGUUUUAGCAAGAACAAUAGCAGUAGUGAUGGCAUUUAAAGCCACAGUGCCAGGUAGCAGUUUCCCCCAGUGUUCAGUGCCUGUGCAGCGAAUGAGUGUUUUCUGCUGCACCCUUUUUCAAGUCAUUAUAUGUGCUCUGUGGUUAACACUUGCACCCCCAGUGCCUUACAAAAACAUGGCUCAUUCCAUAGAUAAAAUAAUACUAGAAUGUAAUCUGGGCUCAAACAUAGGUUUUUGGGCCGUGCUGGUAUACAUAGGACUUUUGGCUCUUUUAUGUUUUAUUUUAGCCUUUCUGGCUCGUAAACUGCCUGAUAAUUUUAAUGAAGCUAAAUUUAUCACAUUCAGCAUGCUCAUAUUCUGUGCCGUUUGGAUCACUUUUAUUCCAGCAUAUGUCAGUUCUCCUGGAAAAUUUACUGUAGCUGUGGAGAUAUUUGCAAUACUCGCAUCAAGUUUUGGUUUACUAUUCUGUAUAUUUACUCCAAAAUGUUAUAUCAUCAUACUUAAGCCAGAAAAGAAUACACGGAAACAUCUAAUGGGCAAAGCAAAUGCAAAACCUCAGUGA